AUGAACAAUUUGUUUCUUUUGUUCCUGUCCAAGAAUUUUCUGGCCCUGAAUCUUAAAAUCAGGGGAAACAUGUAUCCCAAAGUGAAGGUGAGGGUACAGAGGGAAGAAGAUGAUGAUGAUCAAUAUGGUUAUGAGAAGAGUUCUUUGGAGUCCUUGAAAGCUUUUGAAUGGCUCUCUCUCCACCAUUCCUCUUCUUCAGAUGAGUCCCCAGUAUCAGUUGUGAGAGUUCCUCGAGCAUACGCUCCGAAAUCACCAGCUCCUGGUUUUCUUUCAUCCAAAGAUACAAAGGAAAAGAAGGCAGUUGUUGAGGGGAACUGGAAGAGUGCUAGGCCAGCAUCAGCCCCACGGCCACGAGCUGUCUUGUCAAGUCCCGAUAAUGACGGGCUCAUCGGUAGCAAAACACUAGCAAGAGGAAAGCAAUUUUCCGGUCUGAAAAAUCGGCCUGCGAGCCAAAACAGACACAGCCAGUGUAAGAACUUUCUGAAAUCUUCAAAUUUUGAAGGCGGCUUUACAUUCACCGCACAAGGAUAUCACAAAGAAUCAGCUGAGCCCAACAAUAGUCUUCGUACGAAAGGCAGAACAGCAGUACAUCGGAAAAAGAUAAACCACCAGUCACCAUAA